AUGCUCAAAUUAAGUAACAUCCUGACGAAAAUAUCGAUCCCAGUAAAAUCCAGACGCUAUUCCUCUUACCCUAUUUCAUUUACUUAUCACUUACAAAAUCUCCCUGCUACUCAAUAUACUCAGCUGAGCAACGGCGUGACUGUCGCAACAGAGGAGCGCGAGUCUUCUAAUGCAUGUAUAGGCCUAUAUAUAGAUGCCGGCUCCAGGUACGAGAGCAAUAUUGAGAAUGGAGUAGCUCAUUUUUUCGAGCAUAUAGCUUUUAAAGGAAGUAAUGGCAGAAGCAAGUUCGAUCUAGAGACACAGAUGGCAUGUCUAGGUGCCAAGUACAAAUGCAUCACCACUCGUGAGCUGGUUGUUUAUUACGUGGAGUGUUUGAGCGAAGAUACGGCACUGGCUACCGAAAUACUCACCGACUGUAUAUUUAACAACAGUUUCAACAAGACUGAGAUAGAGCACCAGAAACAAACCGUGUACUCAGAAAUGAUAGACCAUGACAACGACCCCGGCAAAGUGGUGUUUGAUUAUUUGCAUGCCAGUGCAUUUCAAGGCACGCCUCUCGCUCAUACCGUGAUGGGGCCCAGCUCGAACUUAUAUAACUUCACUGAUUGUACCAUAUGUCGGUACUUGUCUAAAUGUUUCGACCCAUGCAGGACGGUCCUCGCAGCGGUCGGUGGCAUCAAACACGAACAAAUAGUAAAUCUCGCCGCUUCCUACCUUUCCGGGUUAGAACCACUAAAAUCUAUAGAUAUGGAUACUUAUAGAUAUUCUGGUUCAGACGUUCGUUUUCGUGAUGACUCGAUGCCCACUGCCCACGUGGUGAUAGCUGUAGAGGGCCCCAGCUUCAGUGAUGACGACAGAAUCGUCAUGGAAGUGGCGCGGUUCAUAAUAGGCGGGUGGGACCGCUCCCAGCCCGGUGGGCUCAAACACCCCGCACGGCUCGCCCGUACUAUUACCCAGGGGAACUUAUGUGACUCAUACCAAGCGUUCAAUCUAAACUACAAAGAUUGCGGUCUCUUUGGGGUGCACUUCGUGGCUGAUACAUUGUACCAAGACGAUAUAAUGAUGUCGAUUCAGGAAGAGUUCAUGUAUUUGGCUACGUGUGUGACAGAGCCUGAGGUAGAUAGAGCUAAAAAUUUUUUAAAAGCAAAAAUUUUGUCUGAUACUGAGAGUUCAUUGGGUACUUGCAUGGACAUCGGGCGUUGUACGUUGUAUUAUGGGUAUCGGCCCUCACUGCCGCAGAAGAUGCAAGCUGUGGACGGCGUCACGGUGGAUCACGUGCGGCAGGCGUGCUACCGGUACCUGUACGACAAGUGUCCGGUGGUUGCUGCCGUUGGUCCUACGGAAGGGCUCUUCGAGUACCCCAGGAUUAGGUCAUACAUGUACUGGGCUAGAUUUUGA